GCGGGCGGCGCGGCUGCGGGGCCGGGCGGUGGCGGCGGCGGCGGCGGCAUGGCGGAGAGCGAGGCCGAGACCCCCAGCACGCCGGGCGAGUUCGAGAGCAAGUACUUCGAGUUCCACGGCGUGCGGCUACCGCCCUUCUGCCGCGGGAAGAUGGAGGAGAUCGCCAACUUCCCGGUGCGGCCCAGCGACGUGUGGAUCGUCACCUACCCCAAGUCCGGCACCAGCUUGCUGCAGGAGGUGGUCUAUUUGGUGAGCCAGGGGGCCGACCCUGAUGAGAUUGGCUUGAUGAACAUCGACGAGCAGCUCCCUGUUCUGGAGUACCCGCAGCCGGGCCUGGACAUCAUCAAGGAACUGACGUCCCCCCGCCUCAUCAAGAGCCACCUCCCCUACCGCUUCCUGCCCUCAGACCUCCACAGCGGCGACUCCAAGGUCAUAUACAUGGCCCGGAACCCCAAGGACCUGGUGGUGUCCUAUUACCAGUUCCACCGCUCCCUGCGGACCAUGAGCUACCGAGGCACGUUCCAGGAGUUCUGCCGGAGGUUCAUGAACGACAAGUUGGGCUACGGCUCCUGGUUUGAGCACGUGCAGGAGUUCUGGGAGCACCGUAUGGACUCGAACGUGCUUUUCCUCAAGUACGAAGACAUGCACCGGGACCUGGUGGCGAUGGUGGAGCAGCUGGCCCGGUUCCUGGGGGUGCCGUGUGACAAGGCGCAGCUGGAGUCCCUGACCGAGCACUGCCGCCAGCUGGUGGACCAGUGCUGCGACGCCGAGGCCCUGCCUGUGGGCCGGGGAAGAGUCGGGCUGUGGAAGGACAUCUUCACUGUCUCCAUGAACGAGAAGUUUGAUUUGGUGUAUAAACAGAAGAUGGGAAAGUGUGACCUCAUGUUCGACUUUUACUUAUAAUAACAGCAACAGCAAACUUGCAUGCUCACAGUACCCAGACACUAAUAGCUCAAAGUCCCGUUUGCACUCAUUUGUUACUUGCUGGACAAGCUCUGGGAGCGGUGUAAGACACGGCGCAGAAGUGGAGGAAGUGGGGUUAUUUCUGAUCCAGAGCAGCUGUCUCGCCUUUGGAAUUUGAAGUCUACAUGUCUGAUUACAAAGAUUGCGGUUCUGAUGACCUGGACCAUACGUAUCCUGUCUGUAACAUAUGCAGCUAGAAUGUCUACCUUUUACAACCCACAUUAUUUAUUGUAUUUUAUAGAGCUUUUCACUGGAAAUCUAAAUAAAUGUCAGUAAACCAAAUAAAAGUUCAUUUCCGAGGGACUCAGGAGCGAGCCACACCCGCAUGGUAGGAAGAUCUCAGGGUUGACUCUUUGUUUUUGUAGUUUUCUUCCGGAAGGCACAGCCAUUCGGUUCUUAUCUGGUUGUGAGACUCUGGUGAGGACCGAGGGUGAGUCGGGUGUCGGGGGGACCUUGUUUCUUCUGGUGGCGUUCAGUUCUCAGUAGUCACCCUGGGAUACAGCAGGAACUGUUCACUGGGGCGUUUUCAGAGAGGAUGCCCUCCUGCCAGCGACCCCCAGCCAGUGGCUCUGAGGCUGAUGCAGAGGACCCGGUGGGACAGGCGCGCGACGCGGCGACCAGAGAGCCCGCCACAGAGACACUGAGUCCACUCGGAACCUGGCUUUUUGUUCCGCAGUCUUACUUUCAUUCCCCAAAGCAGAAACCUGCUUAUGUUGGCAAACAGAUGAUUGAUGGUAAAUUCUAGAACUCCUGGGUCUUUACAUACCGUUCAUUGUUCCAUCUGGGCCUGCAGCUCUGCACCCCAGAGACCCGAUGUGCGAGCGUAGCGCCCUGUCUCACCCAGACGGGGCUGGCGAUGUCGCCUUCGGCGCUGUGUCCGAGGGAGCGGAGGUGCGGUCUUUACUGCCCCGCCACUCGCUUCGUUAACUGGCCCACGCUAGUUCGGAGGAGCGAUGGAAGGGCGGCCAGGUGAGAGCAGGGCCGGCGGCCAGUUUGUACGCACGCUGCCGCCGCGGUGGGAUGGGGCUGUCCCGGCUGUCUGUAUGGCUGGGAAGUGCCCGGAGUGGUGGCCGGAGGGGCUCUCUUCUGCGUGGUGUCUUUGGAAGGUGCAGACGUGCGCUUUGUUACUCGUUGAGGAGAGCGGCUGGAGCAGGGCAGGUGGUACUCGGCGUCUCGUGGUGGGCUUAGCCACACCUUUUCUGUGUAUCUGCGAGGGAGGCAGCUUUCUGUGAAAUUUCUUUUCUAUUUUUCUAUUUCUAGUACUGUAUGGAUAUUACUGAGCUCCACACGUGGUACUUCUGUGCUUGCUUGCGUCUUUAAUAAAGACACGUCCCAUGC